UGUUUAUGUUUUCAUAAACAACAGUUACUGUUUAAUAAUGGGUAGGAAAAAGAGUGAGCUACGUCAAUUUAUCACUCGCGUUCACCACAAAGAUGUCUGCAAAUUGUGUCACAAAGUAUUGUCCAAAAACAUCACAUGGAUUGGUGUACACUUCAGGAGACACUUCGAUGUAUUGCCCCUACAAUUAGUCCACAAACUCAAGGAGUACGAACAACAACACAAGACAUCCACAUAUCGGUGUGCCGUCAAAGACCCGACAACUUGGGAUACGGUAUACGUA